AACGUGUGGGGUGGGGCUUAUGACGACAAGAUGCGUGGAAACGUAAAGGUGGUUGGACGUAGUCACACACGCUGGGUCAACCGCACCGCGUGAUAGUAAACGAGCUAACCUAACGAACUCUCGGACAUGUCUGGCGUGCUCGCAAGACUGCUCUUCUACCCUACCCUCGCUUACAAUGUGGUCAUGGAGAAGGUGUCUUCGCGGCGGUGGUUUGACCGAGUGGACGAGACUGUGCUGCUGGGAGCUCUACCUUUCAAAUCCAUGACCAAACAGCUGGUGGAAACGGAAAAUGUUCGAGGAGUUAUCACUAUGAAUGAGACCUAUGAGACCAAGUACUUCUGCAAUUCAGCUGAGGAGUGGCAGGCUUCAGGGGUGGAACAGUUGAGGCUGAGCACCGUUGACAUCACUGGCGUUCCCAGUUUGGAGAACCUGCGUCGUGGUGUUGAGUUUGCUCUGCAACAUCGAGAAAAGGGAAACAGCGUUUACGUCCACUGCAAGGCCGGACGCUCCCGCAGUGCCACGCUAGCUGCUGCAUACCUCAUACGGCAGCUACACUGUGUGACGCCUGAAGAAGCGUGUCAGAAACUGGCGUCUAUCCGGCCACACAUCCUGAUACGUGCUGCUCAGCUGGACAUGCUGAGGAAAUAUCACCUGCAUGUGUUUGGACAGUCUCAUUAAGUACGUAACAAAGUAUUUGGAUGACUUUAUGUGCCUACUGCCAGGGGGCAGGACUCUAAUUCCCUGUACUUUUUUCAUCUCAUUCAGUUUUGAACACUCAAUGGAUAAACAGCUGGGUUAUUUCACAAAAAACAUAUUUUUAAAAUAUAGCUUUUCAAAGUUUUACUUGUCACAUUUUAGCUAUUGUAUAGUUUAUUCUAUGUCUAUUUUAUACCAACUUUAUGAAGUGUAGAAAGUCAGUACAUCAACACGCACAUAUGUGUUUUAGUUGCUGCCCUGACUUCUCCCAAACCAGUUAACCUACGAUGUGUACGUCAGUUUUGCAGAACCACUUGCCAUGUAAUGUCGACAACUAAAUGGCCUGUUUUUAAUUUUCUUAAAUUAUUUUUUCUUGUAUACCCAAAUAUAAACAUUCUUUGUUAAAUAAAAUAUUACAAUCCA